GUUGCUGACGAAGGGACACGGAUUAACGCGAACAAGUGGAGCCCUCUACCGACAAGAUGUGAAGAUCCGGUUUUAGCUGACAGCUGAGGUGGUCCGAAUGUUUUGGUAUGCGUCUGUUUUCCUCCCAAACUGAGGAAGUGUGGCGGGCAAUGCUGGUCUUGUAUGGAUCAUUAGAAACCCUGUGAUACAACAACAUCGGAAUAAGUGGUCAAAAGGACGCCAGACGCACAAUUCACGAUGACAACGCCAUACAUAUCAGGAAAGCGAAUGCCUCUAAAAGCGACAUUCGUCGCUUCUAUUUUGAGAGGCCCCGACAUGUCAAAGGUCAUCAGACGAGCCCCGAUUGCACCCCGUGGAGGGGAUGUUUUUGUUUUUUGUAUUGAAAACAACGCUCCUCGAGAGGCCUGGAAAAAUGACAACAUCCACUUCCACCAUGAUGGGACAAGGGGUCAACCCAAGACGAAUCCUAUUGUGAGGAAGGUAUUUUUCUGUGCAAUGGUUGGAGAUGGCAGGUGGACUCGGGAGUUUAUGAAGCAUGUGUAUACCUUGUAUCACAAUCCCAACAACUAUGUGGUCAUUCACUACCUAGGGGAUGAGUCCAUAUCACGAGCUGUUCCUCGGCACAGGAAACCCAGGAGCAACUUGAAGAAGCAUACAACUUGCUCCUCUACAGGGAUUCAGGUAGACACAUCCGAAUUGUCUCCCCGUGAUGAGUCCUCAGAUCAUCAGGAUGAGGGUAUUCUUAGUGGAGAUGAAGUUGACCAUGAGGAUGAGGAAGAGGACUACUCAGGAACAGUGGACUCCAGUGAACCGACAGUGGAGAUUGAUGUGGCAGAGGAAGAUUCAGGUGUCCCUCAGUCGCAUAUGUUACUUUCCAGUAGUGGCUGCCAGUCGGAUAGUCAUAUCAGUAAUGUCACUGAAGCUUCCACGUCCACUGGGCUUCCAUUCACAUCAACUCCUAUUGCAGGAGACACUUACCACGAGUCCGUUCCAUUCGCAUGUCUGGACAUGAUGCCUAUGACAAAUCCAUUGGGACUCCUCUCUGAAGUGACACUUUCUUGUAGGCCUUUAGAUAAUACUACCCAUCUCUUUAAUCCUAAUGAACCCUCCACAUCCUUUGCUCACAUGAACAGUUACACGGGUGGCGGUGGAGGUAGUGUGUAUAUUAGUACACCAAGCGAACCUGAACCUAGGUCUGUAAUUCCAAAGAAAAGACUUGCAAUGAGGGUUGAAGGACAGGAGACUGAUGCUAUGUUUACAGUGGGGGAAAUAGCAACACAUGGAACCCCAACUGUACACCAUGUUCAGCCAACAGGCCGUCUCCCCAAGAAGAGGAGGCUGGAGUUCACUGAGAGUUCUCCCGUUGAUCCAGGUCCCAGCUGUGUGGGCGACCGUUACCAUGUACCUUCUGAUGACCCUGGAGAUGCUACGGACACGGGUCAGUCCAGUGACCAGCAUCCAAGUGCCCAACAGCCAGAUGGCCAUUGCAACAGAACAGAUGUGUCCAACCCGUCUCCACCUUCUGACAGAACAAGCAGGCCAAGAGUGAGCCAUACUUUGAGAGAGGAUUUAGAGAGCAGUUUUCAUACACUGGUGCAGAAUGUGAGGAACUUGGAGAACAUGUUAGGAGAGCCUGGGUUGUGGGAGUCGAAUAGGGACACAAGAGAGGUAGGAACUGAUCCUGAGGAUUCCCGGCCUACUCUGGAGGAGUUCAUCCAGGAACUUGUGGCCAGUGGCCAGCUUGCUUUGAUUGUAUCACAUGUCAUGCAGAUGGCAUCCAGCUGGAAACAGAAACCUAGUGCUUUCAAUUCACGGACCAACCCAUGUGUGACGCUGGUUUAUCAGAUCUGUCAGGCAUGGGGAGAGGACAUGGUGACUGCAAGGUCAAGGUUGAUGAAUCUCCUUGGCAAGAACUCAAUGUCGGAGAGUGAUGUAAAGAAUUACUAUCACUUGGUGACUGCGUGUGUUGUUGGGGCGUACCGGACAGAAGUGCCUGUAGCUGUGUUUCUGACAACACUGAGCACCUGGCCAUCACACAUGGAGGAAUGUGACACACGGUCAGAUGUGGAGGUGGAUGAAUCUGUCCGGUGUGCUGUUGCUAGGACCUCACUGACUGGUGGACAGCUCAAGACACUGGAGAAAAACGAUGCCAUUGAUGCACAGGUGAUAAAGGCGUACCUACAGAUGUUGGCCAGUCACUGGAAUGCACUUCUCCCACACCACUGCUAUGUUCUCCCCAUGGCCUUACAGCAACUGUGGCAGAGAGAGGAAUACAACAGAGGCAUGUUGGACAAGGAAGUACUGACUGAAUACACAUGGAUCCUGAUGCCGUAUCAGGCGUCAGACAAUCAUUGGGUGCUGCUGGUCGCCAAUGUACAAGAUGGAACAAUCCGGGUGGUCAACACAGCACCAACUAAGCAUCCCGAUGUGACCAUUGAAACAGCUGACCACUGGAGGAAGUACAUGAAGUAUCGCAGCUCCCACACUGGACAGAACCUGACAAGAUGGAGCCUGGAGGACUGUCAUGUGUUGGAGCAAACAGAUCCACCCAGUAGCGGAGUCCAUGUUUUGAUGGCAGCGGAGUCCAUCCUACGUGGAGCAUCACCUGUAGUAAUGAGAAAUUGUCAUGUCCGACGGUUCCGUCAGUAUGCGCUCGAUAAAAUUCUCAAUGCAGCUAACUUUGAUAUGCAGGAGGAGCAAAUUGGUGGACUGGAUGAUGAGGAGGAUCUUCUUGCUGAGGACAACCUGCCAACAGGAGCUGAUGGUUGUCCAGAGUCCAUGGACAGAGACAUCUCCUCUCGGGGUGCUGGGUCCAGUCAGACAUGCAUGUCAGCCAGUGCUGUACCCUCCUGCAGUUCAGCCUCUGUGUCAGGGGUGCAAGGCAGAGAGUCACCAGUUGGGAGGACCUCACCCCAAAGUCCCCGGAAGAGGAGGCACUCAUCUGGAGCUUCUGUGAUUGAUAGUCAAGACAAGGCAAUAGAUUUCUCCCUGGCCCAGAGCGGGGGCAUAUCUGAAGAUGGACAGCCCAGGAGCUCAGAUGAUGGUAGAAACUGCCGGAAUCGCAGUCCCACUCAGUUUGUCGGCUCGCACCCUAAAGAACAUAACUAUGCCAAUCGAGUGUCAGCCGCACAGGGAGCAGCAUUCCUGAAGCCCACCCCCCACACUAUUCCAAGCGCUGACAACCUAGAGAAUGUUCCAAGGCAAGUGAUAAACCCUGUUCCUGUGUUCAGACCAUCGGGGUAUUUGUUCCAGAGUGGAUAUGUUCCCAAACAUCCACCUCCAAUGUACCCAAUAGACAAUUUAUAUCGUGGACCUGGCCCCUUCCCGAAUCCCCUCUCCUCCUCAACUGUCCAGGAGAAACCAUGUGAUAUGAGUAUGCAAUCUCAGAUAGCUCUAGACUCUCAACCAAGCACAUCCUCUCAGUAUAGUUAUGCGCAGAUGAACUCAGAGGUUGAGGAUCUAAGAGUAAACCCCUCCAGCAGCUUUAACCAUCCUCAUCUACCCCCUCCCUACCAGGUGUCUGAGUCAGCAGGGGCAACUUACACCGAGCUCUCAAAUGUCCGCAUCUCUGAUCUGCAGUCAAGCAGCCUCAUCACAAGCUCACUGACCAUUGCUGAAAACGAGAAUCUGGUGAUGAAGACAAUUGUGAGGGAUGCCUCCCCAUCCCCGUCAGCAUCAUCAGAUAGCAGUAACAUCACCAUCCAUGUUGUAUCACCGGCGCCAGAUCAAAGACUAGCUGGUGAAUCAUCAGAAGAUGGAUUUGCUCAUGUGACUCGGCCUUCUACUAGUAGAGUUGUUAGUGACCAAGAUCUGUUCCGGGCAUCUGGGAGUGGACAAGGAUCUGGGAGUGUUGAGUCGAGGGCAGCAGGAGCUGACGGUCACUCUGCACCUCCAUGUAGUGACUCUGAAGACAGUGAUGGGGACAAAGAGGAAGAUCUUAGUAAUCUGAAUAUGCUUAGUGCAGUAGCAUCAAAAGAUGCAUGAUCUUUGUUUUAGUUAUUUAAAAAGUAACCUGUAAUAUUGUUCAAUGAAUUUAUGGUACCAUGAUGUAUGCAGGUUAAAGGAGGAGAUGAGUAUCUGAUGGACUGCUGCAGAAGUGUCCGGGGUCCAGCUGUAGCAACAAAUUCAGGGAUAAAUUAAUACAUGUAUAAAUGAUUGUCCUGAAGCUUCAUGUCUCACACAAAUCUUGUAAACCUGCUUACAUGUUGGACAUUCAGGUAGAAACUGUAGACAUACCAGGUCUUCACUUGAGCAAAUGUCACAUCUGUUCAUCUGUUCACCAAAUAUGUAACGCUUUAUCUAAUAGUGCUUGGAAUAUGUGGAAGUGUGGUAACCAUUCUGACUUUGCUGAAGUAAAAUUUUCAUCCUGUUAUUGAAUUCAUUACGUUCCAGUACUGUAUGUUCAUCAAGUUAGGAUCCAUUGUUGUGUUAUAUUUUAACAUGUUCACCUUGUUUGAUGUGUCUGUAAUUAGUUUGUGCACUAACGGACUAUGUGCUUUUUAAUUUAUUUGUUUUAAUGUUGAAUUUUUAAAUAUAGACGCCCCCACCCCUCCAACUGUUCCAGUUUUACACUUUGUUUUGUUAAUAGAUCGAAACAGUCUUAGAACAUCUGAAUAUUUGUAGACUUCCUAACUCAUUUAGGAAUAGUUUGAUAACAUAAUAUUAUGUUUCUCACAAUUACUUACAAUAAGAUCUAAAUUGGCUAAUAAACCCUGGAUGAAAUAAAAAAAGACAUGAUUAUAAGAGGCCAUUAAUUGGAUCAGGUGGUCAGGCUCACUGACUUGGUUGAUGCGUGUCAUCGUAUCCCAAGUGUGUAGAUCGAUGAAAAUGAUAUCAAUCACUUGAUUGUCUGGUCCACACUUGAUUAUUUACAGAUGGCCGUAAUAUAGCUGGAUUAUUGCUGAGCAUUAAACAACAAACAAACAAAAACAUAUUGAUGAAAGGGUGAAAUCUUGUACCCCGGAAGGUUGUGUUAUGCAAUUUCUAGCCAUAGCAAGCUUACUGUCAACUGUAUGAAGAUUGAAGAAGUCAGAUAUGUUCUCAAAAACAAAAAAGUGAUCAUUUAAAUCUAUUGAGAACUGAUUUGAUUUUCAAAUUUUGAAUUUAUGAAUUACAAUACUUCUGAUCUGUAGAACAAAUAUGGGGUCCAUUUUCAGCUGAAUUUAAAUAAGUAUGCUUUAAAUUUUCAAAGACUAAACAGCAUUGAUCUAUGUUCUUCAGUCCAGUGUUGCAUAUGAGACUUGGCAGAUUCAUCUUUGAUCAAACUCAAGUGGUAUUCAGAACAAAGCAUAACCUCCAACCCUACUUCAGGUGUCAGUCACUAAGUCAGAUUGUCAGUACAAGUGUUUCCGUUGAAAUGCUUCAAUAAGUGUAACACUCUUGGGUAUAUAUGCCUGUCACUCUUCAUAGUGCUUUCUUGUAACCUCUUCAUCAAACACUGUAUGCACUUAAGGUUCAGGGAGUUGAGUGAGUAUGGUUUUAGCAAUAUUCCAGCAGUUUCACUGCGGAGGACACUGGGACAUGGGCUUCACACAUUGUACUCAUGUGGGGAAUCGAACCCAGGUCUUCACCGUGACGAGCCAACCCUUUAACCACUAGACUACCCAUCACCUAGGGUAGUUGCGGGUUACUGUUGUCAUGGAAGAUUUGAUUUAAGGACAUGUUUAUGAUAACUGAUCAUGAAGUUUAUAGAUACAUAAAAUACUUACUAUUUCCAGAUGAUGUAUAUAUAAUGUAUAGAGGUGUAUCUUAUUAUGUAAAUGUAAUGUUUUCAAAGUCAGUGAACAGAUUUGAUUGAAUAACUAUAACUGUAUUGUCUUAGUUGUCAUGGUCAGAUGCAAUAUAUAUAUGUGUGAUCAUUAUCUUGUAGACGUUUACAAGAUCUAUUUCAUUAUGUUUAUAAUUGUACAAGUAGCACGUGUGUAGCCCUUCUGUUAGUCUCCCUGUCUGUACAACAACAGUGAAACUCCUAACCAACCAUCACACAGUGACACCAGUCUAUCCAUGUACAAGCAUCCACAUGACAGCUGCAAUUACACCUCAACAGUAAUUCUGCAGUCCACAUGCAGGUGCACUCUGCAUCCUAAGCAAUAAUUCAGAUGGAAGUAUUUUUUUGAAUAUUCAUUCACAACCGAACAUACAGUGGUCAGAAGGAGCUUUUUCUGUGUUCAAGAAUUCAAUAUAAAGGUCAGUUGGUUCCUGUCAUAACCCUCCUAUUGAAAAUUGUAGAUCGGUGGUACUUUUAUCAAAGUAUUUAAUAAAAUCUAUGAUGGAGACCAGGACCCUCUCAAUCUUGAACAUUUCUUUUCGAUGCAUUACGCAGCGGAUGUGCAUCACUUUGUUUGUGUACACCGUAAGCUCACUCGAAACGGUCGUGUAAAGUUAUGUCAUGGUGUGGUGUCCGUCUACCUUUAGCUCUACAUUUUCAACAUCUAUGAAGCCGAAACUGGUGAUACCAUCGAUGGUUUGUCUCAAAAGUGAAACAGAAAUCAGCCAUAUUGAAAAUAACAUUUAGUUCCAGUACUUGUGUAUUAUUCAAUCAUUCUUACAUUGGGUAUGUGUAAGGACAUGUUACUUGUUGACAUGAUCUGUUCUACUCUAUGGCUUCAUCAUGCACCAUAUUCUCAUUGUUGCCCAUCAGGCAUCCGCUGUUUUAUUUUGCAAUUCUGGAUUUGCCAAAAAGAGCCAGAAUCUCGCUAGAAUACAGUACUACCAAAAUCAAACAAAUUCUAAAACUAAUGUAACAGCUGUAGGCUUAUCCUCAAGCUCUAGUUUACCCCCGUUCACUAUACCCGGGUAUUAGUUUCUUGAAUGAUAAUUGAUAAAAUGUGUUGUUUAUCUGGCCACUGUGGACCUCUAAUAAAUAGGACAAAGCAUUCUCAAAAGUAAAGACAUGUUGAGCUUCACAAGAUUACAGCCCUAUUGUAAAAGUCCUUUUGGUCCAUUAUUCAGCUGUCUGCAUACAUCACUGUGGAAAGCAAGUAUGUUGGUGUGCAAUACCAUCUGAUAUGUCUCAAUCUGAUCAACGGAAACCUUCAAUCUUUGUUUAAAGGCAGCGUUAGAAAUUGUCACUAGUCCUGUAGUCCUUGCCAAACUGCCCAAUAGUUAGGUACCACAAAGGACUAGUAGAAAUUUGCCAUUAUUAAUGUUUUUACUAUAUAUUAUCAGUGAGUUCAAGAGCCUUAUGGCUCUAAUAUAUUUAUCUCACUAAAAUGUCAAGGUUAGUCAUCAGUUCAACAACAAAAGUGCAAAGAAAAUUCGUGAACUUGAAAUAUUCACAAUAGUAUUGUGGAAAUAAACUAUCAGUGAUCUUUUGUUACAUCUGGUAGAUUAUAUUAGCUGUAGGUGGGAAUGACGGACAAUCGUUUACCAGCAGGCAAUAAUGACUAUUGAUGGUCCAACUUUUCAUGGGAAAAUACAAACCAAAUAAACAGAAAGGGUAGUCUUUGAUCAGUGCAUGAAAUAUGUAGUGGGUGGUGCAUGUAUUCAUGUUUGUGUAACUGUUCAUUAAUAAGCAGCACGAAAUAGGUGGCACUUCAGUAGGUUUUCCGAUAACUUUUUCAAAAAGGUGUAUUAAUUACCGAGAGAUACAUGGUUUGGUAUAAACAUAAGAAUGUGGUGUUUGGGGUAGUGUAGUGGUAAAGCAGGAUCGCAGAGUUCCCUGUGUAGUUGCAUCCCCUAUAUGUGCCAGGAUCUACUAAUCACUGGUUCAAGUCCAUCUUUGUACUCUGUGUGCUUUGUCAGCUCCAUACCCAAGCUCAACGUUUUUCAUGCUCCUUGGGCUUUUGGUUUUACAUUCUCAGGCUGUGAUGUUACCGAAAUACUGUUCUAAACACAAGUCAGUCACUCGUCAAAGCAUUGGCUCAUCCGGCUGAAGAGCCAGUAGGAGUGCCAGGUCUCUCCAAGCCUAUGUUACGGGAAGCUUUGCAGUCAAUGGAUGUUGGAUAAAUCAUCUAUCACCCAUCAAUAGUUGUAUGACUAGUACCACCACAAGGUGGAGGACUGCUCUUCUGUAAACAGAUAUAGCAAAUUUAUAUGACUUUUUGCUUUAUCAAGGACGUUUUUGUUUGAUUGAACCCUGCCAUGGCUAGAGUACACAUACAGUGGAAUCUGAAAACACUGCACUGCACAGACUGGAGGCUGACUCUUUAGGUAAUAUUCUAGCAAGAGUUAUAUCCUUGGUAACACUGGUGGACAUUCCAAAGUCUAUUUGUGUGGUCAUCUAAAAUCGUAACAAUAUACAGUAGAUUGUAACUUGGAAAUAAUUGUUGGUUUGUUCAUAUUCUAAAAUAUUUAUGACAACUAAAAUGUGUCUUGUCCUUUUUGUUGUAAACAAAUAGUUUUGGACAGGAGUAAGUGUGUAAAUUAAUAAGUGUGAAACAAUUUUGAUCAGGGAACUCAUUAUAUUUUUUUAUGAUAGCCAUCUUUCUGGGACCACAGAGUAGUGUUAUAGUGAAAGAUUCCACUGUAUUAUUGUUAGGGGUUGGAUUUAUGUCAUGUUUUUUGUUCAUAGUAUUUCAUUAUUUCACCUUGAUUGAAUUUUCUAUGUUGUGACCUAGAUACUGUGCCAUGCAAAUAGUUGUUGAUUUUUUGGUUAAAAUAAUGUGUAUUAUCUUCAAAUGAAGCACUUAUUCAUGUGGAGAUUCUCAGAUGUUAUUUUAUGUACAUUUAUGACAAAAAGAAUAAAUGUAUCUUUAUCUUAAA